UAUUCUGUAUAAUUUCUAGGUAUGUAUUGGACAGUGCAUUUAGAAGGAGGUCCUCAAAGAGUAAAUCAUGCUGCUGUUGCAGUGGGUCACAAAAUUUAUUCCUUUGGUGGAUACUGUAGUGGUGAAGGUUUUGAAGUGAUUGGGAAAAUUGAUGUCCAUGUUUUAGAUACUGAUACUCUUAGGUGGUGUCCAGUUCACUAUACUGAAGCACAAGCAGCACCUUUCAAACGUUAUGGACAUGCAGUUGUUGAAUACAAAGGAAAAAUUUAUCUCUGGGGUGGAAGGAAUGAUCUCAAUGCAUCUAAUAUUUUGCACUGUUUUGAUGUUGAUGAUCGUUCAUGGUCAAUACCUGUCACUGGUGGUAAUAUUCCCAAAUCAGUAGAUGGCCAUUCAGCAUGUGUAAUUGGAGAUUACAUGUAUAUUUUUGGUGGUUAUGAAGAAGAAGCAGAGAAAUUAGUACAGACACUGUAUAGGCUGAACUUUAACACAUUUAACUGGGAGGAAGUUAUAACAUUUGGUGAUCCUCCGUCGAGCCGUGAUUUCCAUACUGCUUCGGCUAUUGGAAAUUGUAUAUAUAUAUUUGGAGGCAGAAGCUCAGAAAACAUGUUGAAUGGCCAGAUUGAACCCGAAUUUUAUUGCAAUAAGAUUGUAUAUUUAAAUACUCAGUCAAUGAAAUGGGUGACUCCAGAAGUUUAUGGUAUCCCACCGUGUGGCAGGAGAAGUCAUUCAGCUGCUGUAUAUGAAAAUGAAUUAUACAUCAUUGGUGGUUAUAAUGCUCUUACCCAGGAACAUCAUAAUGACAUUUAUAAAUUCAGUCCUGAAAAGAAUGCUUGGAUUGAAAUGCAUGCUAAAGGUGAUGGACCUUGUCCUCGCAGGCGGCACUGUUCGUGCGUUGUUGGAAACCGAUUAUUUUUAUUUGGGGGCAGCAGAAGUCCUCCCAGUGAUGAAUCAAUCUUUUUAGAUAUAAGUGAAGGUUUCCAAAAAUUAAUUGAUCAUUCUGAUUUAUAUGUGCUGGAUUUCUUUCCAUCAUUGAAAACGUUGUGCCAGUUGAAAAUAAUAGACUUUCAACUGAAUAUCAAUCGCCUUCCUAGAUUUUUGAUGCAAGAAAUUAGAGCAAUGACAACAAAUAAUAAUAUUUCCCGAAAUGAUUUUUUUCCAAGGAAAGAUUUUGGUGUGUUUGUUUUUUCAGCGUAAAGUCUCAGAUUUUAAACUUGUAAAUACCAAAUGUGUAUAAAUGAAAGAAAAAGUGCAGUUAUUUCAUUUUUACAUGUUCAUGGAUUGUAAAUACAUGCUUUUUGAAAGUACCUCAAAUAUUUAUUUAUAUCCAAUAAAACAAUUUUAUUUAAAUAAAUUUAUAGAUGUUGAAAUUAAA